AGAGAGAGAGAGAGGGAAAUGGCGAAGGAGAGAGACUCGCAGCAGCAGGACACAGGGGAAGAACUCGAAGCAGGAGACGAUGAUGGACCUCCACCUGGUUGGCCUUCAAUUUCAACCCUCCCUGCAAAAACCGAACCAGAAGAAGAAGAAGAAGACGAUGAUGAUGAUGGACCUCCACCAGGAUGGACACAAAUCGCUGUAAAAAAAGAAGAAGAGGACGAUGAUGAUGGACCUCCACCUGGUUGGCAAUCAAUCCCUCCGUCGCAACCGCCAACAAUCACCCCUGCUCCGACUACUCCGCCGCCCCCGCCUGCGGUUGCUUCCGUCUCAUUGAAGGAACCCUCAAGGCCUCUUCAAUCUUCGCCGUCAAUGACGAGUCACACAAUGCCUCUUUCUUCUCAAUCUUCUUCGGUAACGAUGAAUCAGGCCAUCCCUCUUUCUCCUCGGUCUUCUCUAUCGAACAGGAGUUACAUCAUGCCUCUUUCUUCUCAGUCUUCUUCGUCGGCAACGAGUCCGAGUAUCCCUCUUUCUCCUCAGUCUUCUCCGCUGACAGCGAGUAAUGCCAUGCCUCUUUCUCCUCAAUCUUCUUCGUCGGCGACUAGUCCGGCCAUCCCUGUUUCUCUUCAGUCUUCUCCGUGCCUUGGUUCAGGUAAUGCCGCUCACACACAACUCCAGCAACAGCCGCCAAAGCAAGAAGGUUCAGCUAAAGCUGCUCGCACACAACUCCAGCAAGAGCUGCCAAAGCAAGAGGCUGUAGAGAUGGGUCAAAUGGUUUGUGGGUCUUGCCAGGAGCUUCUUUCUUAUCCUCGAGGAGCCAGGUUGGUUAGAUGCCUAUGCUGUCAGACAGUCAAUUAUUGUCUAGAAGAACAUGAAGUUGGGCAAGUGAAGUGUGGGGGUUGUGCAGUGUUGUUGAUGUACCCUUAUGGAGCACCGUUUGUUAAAUGUUCAUCUUGCUGUUUUGUGACAGAAAUUGGAGAGCACAACAGACGACCUCCUCUAUCGGUGCAACAGGGCCGGGGAAUGCCUCCUCCCAAACCAACUCAAUAGACUUCUUUUUCCUAUCUAUAUAUGAGUUUGGGAUUUGAAUCCGUAACUGAACUUUCUCUCCCAGUUUGUGUUUGGUAUAUAACUGUUUGUGUUAGACACUGUUAAAUGUGAAUGUUAAGUAUCGUGUUUUCGUACAAGUUUAUGUAUGUUUAUCCCCCCCAAAGUAAAAUUGUAAACUCGAAUAUGCAUUACAGCUUUGGUUGAGAUUUGUUGUCUAAUCUUUGAUAUAUGAACUGUUUGCCUUAUGAGAAAUCCUGUUUAUUA